CUGUGCUUGAAAUAUUCCCUCAAUAAAAAAGGCAAUCAAAAUAAACAAAAGAACCCCGGAGGACAAUAUCAUCUUUCUCGAAAGCCGAAACAGUUUUAUCAAUUUAAUAAAAAAAUCAUACGCAAAAUUAUGAAAAUACUUUGAGACACGGUGGUGGGGAGGAAAAUCUGAAAACCUGACACACCUCUAUGCAGUGUUUACUUGAAAUUUGUGAAUGAAGCCACACCAAACGUGACGUUUUAGGGCUGUUUUGCAUAUGUAACUAUUUGUUUUUAGAGAAGUGAAAUAAAAACUAAAAGGUGGCGAAGUUCGAGGGUAAAUUUUUUUCUGCCGUCAACAAUUUUUUUUCCAGCUCACCAUUAGUGAAUCAAAUAAAAGACUUGAUGACAAGACAGUCACCACAGUCUGAAGGUCAAAUUAGAACGACAAUGUCUUAUCAAAAUGUUACCACAUCUACUGAGGAUGGUCGAAACGAUAUCAAAAUCGAAGAAACGGAGGCUACUUCUCCUUCAGCCGAUAGUGAAAUUCCAAAACCAGCAGACCGUCCCAGACAGAGUUUUUCUAUAAGAAAUAUGCCUGUUUCUAGAAGCCAAAUGAAAGAGUUUCGAGAGGCUUUCAGGCUGUUCGAUAAAGAUGGUGAUGGAAGUAUAACCAAGGAGGAACUUGGUAGAGUAAUGCGAUCUCUAGGACAGUUUGCCCGCACAGAAGAAUUACAGCAGAUGCUCCAAGAAGUUGAUAUUGAUGGUGACGGCAAUGUCAGUUUCGAAGAGUUUGUCGAUAUAGCUUGGUCAGCAAACUCAGGAUGUGACCCUAAUCAUACGAUAUCUCUAGAAGAAGAAGAAAAAGAACUUAGAGAUGCAUUUAGAGUUUUCGAUAAGCAUAACAGAGGAUAUAUUUCUGCUUCCGACCUUAGAGCUGUAUUGCAGUGUCUUGGAGAAGAUUUAUCAGAAGAAGAAAUUGAAGAUAUGAUAAAAGAAGUUGACGUAGAUGGCGAUGGACGAAUAGAUUUUUACGAAUUCGUGAAUGCUUUGGGUGAACCUGGAAAUGAAGAUAGCUAUGAUGAUGAUGAUGACGAUUACUUGGCAUAUUAAAAACUGUGGAGAAGAAAAAUAUUUUCAUGUACCUGUGUUUCUCUGAAAACUUAUAAGCAAAUGUGCUGCCUAACUUUAAAAAUGGUUAUAAACAUUUAUUAUCAUAUAACUGUUUGCCUGCUAUAUUAUUUUUGUUUCUAUAUUUAAAGAUAUCAAAAUAAUAUUAUAUAUAUAAAACUAUAUGUCUGAUUGUGAAUAAAAAUUGUCCGCUUU